GUAAACCUGCUGACCAGAGAGAAACGCGCACAGAGGAUCUAAGAUUAUUUUCAUAAAAAAAAAUCUUUAAUUUAAAUUUGUGUCUCUUCUUAGCACAGAACUAUUCCAGGGAAAAUGGAAGAUUUGGGAAAAGUGUUUCCAUUAAACCACAGGUCUCCAGUCAUGUUUGACUCCUGGGUAAAGUGGAGCGGAACGUUUGGGCGCGUAAUUGGACUCUGUGCGUGAAACGGAACAAAAGGGUCUACGAUGGUUUUGGCUUUAUUCUAACUAUGGGCGCGCACAUUCUGGAGACCAACUCCAGCGGCAACUUGACUCCUGCUGUGUCCGAGGCUGGGACUGUCCUCCCGGGCUACCUGGCGGUGAUCUUAUCGGUCCUCAUGGUGACACUGGUUGUCGUGGUGGUGGCUGGGAACGCGCUGGUCAUAAUGGCUUUUAUUGUGGAUAAAAGCCUGAGAAUCCAAAGCAACUACUUCUUUCUGAACCUGGCUAUAUCUGAUUUUCUCGUGGGUGCCUUCUGCAUCCCGGUGUACAUCCCUUACAACCUGACAGGCCGGUGGAUGCUGGGUAAGGGGCUCUGCAAGGUGUGGCUGGUUAUGGACUACCUGCUCUGCACGGCCUCAGUCUUCAACAUUGUCCUCAUUAGUUAUGACCGCUUCCUGUCAGUCACAAGAGCAGUUAAAUACAGAGCACAGCGAAACAUGACCCGCCAGGCUGUGCUCAAGAUGGUGGCCGUGUGGGUGUUGGCCUUCCUCCUCUACGGCCCCGCCAUCAUCUUCUGGGAGACAGUCGUCGGCCAGAGUGUCGUCCCGGCUCAUGAGUGCUACGCCGAGUUUUAUUUCACCUGGUACUUCCUGCUCUGCGCUUCUACCUUUGAGUUCUUCACCCCGUUUGUGUCAGUAGCUUUCUUCAACCUCAGCAUUUACCUAAACAUCCAUCGCAGGACCAAGAAUGGAGGUGCCUGCGCUGAGGAAGAAGUCAAGACGCAAAGGAUCACUAAGAAGCACAAAGACGGAACAGGUUGGUCUGUGUUUUUUGUGAAGACUCGGAAGGUGUCGUCCAGUGAGCCUACUGCUAUCUCUGCGGUCAUCGAGGAUGACGACGUCCUUUCCCCUUCCUCCUGUGGUGGGGACCCUAAUAACAGUCAGAUAUUCAUGCAGCGGGAGAAGUUGUCUCCUAACAGAAAAAACUCCAGGCUGUUUCAGCACACGGCCUCCUGCAUGGCCCCUGGCCGUGGGACGCUGGGAUCUCGUCUGACUCGGGACAAAAAGAUCGCCAAAUCUUUGGCCAUUAUUGUCUGCAUCUUUGGGAUUUGCUGGGCUCCUUACACUCUACUAAUGAUCAUUCGUGCCGCCUGUAGCGGUAAGUGUGUGGCGAACUACUGGUACGAGAUUACAUUUUGGCUUCUGUGGCUGAACUCUGCCAUCAACCCGUUCCUUUACCCCCUGUGCCACAGAAGCUUUCGAAGGGCUUUCUCAAAGAUACUGUGUCCGAAGAGACAAUCAGUCCAGCCUCAGAUCGAGGCUCAGUCUUGUUAGAUGAACUCAAUUGCACUUCCAUACUUUAUGAAUGCAGUAACUGUAGUUGGUCAAACACUGUAAAAAAAAUCCAUAUAAUGUUCUUCCAUCAAAAAAAGAAAAAAAAUCCAGUUUUCAAAAAUAAGGGACUGUUCUUUACUUAUCAGAGACGGGCUGGUGUAACUUUGUUUUGUUGUUUUUUAUUUGGACCCUCCCCAAAGCUAUUAUUAUUUUUCCUUGAGCCAAAUGUAGGAAUUAAUGGUUAACCAUCAAUCGGUUACCUGCAGAGAGUAUUUUUGACCAGUUACAUAUCUUUUGGAAAAUUUUGCUACUCUUCAGUUUACUGCACUGUGCACAGCCCCAGUCUGGUGGGAACUAGCUAGUGUUAGCGGCGCCGCUCAUUCGGCCAGUAAUGCUGGUAGUGCAACCCAACCCAACAGCACUCUAGUAGAAACAUUGUGCCCACCCUCUGCUAUCCCCGAAGCUCGCUGAAAAAAACGUAGCGCUGUAAAACCCCUUGAGCAGUGCUGACUAUGUUAUUACUGGUAGCACUUUCAGCACAGCUAGUAGUGCUAACAUAGUAAACAAUGCUAAAAAGGGUGCGGGGUUUGCGGUACAAAAUGAAGCCGCUUCAGGGCUCGACAGUGCGAGUGUUUCACUCGCAUUUGCGACUAAAAAUAGGUGUGUGCGAACUGUAAAAAAUAUUUAGGGGCACAUGUGCGCAUAAAAAAAUCAGCCGAAGCAGCCUAUAUUUUUAUCAAUAAAAGAAUAUGAUAAUGUAACCGCAAAUGUUGGAGGAACUCCAGCCGCCUUCCCUCUUCCCUCUUCCCCGUGUGACACGGUUAUGGGCGGUUUUCCAAGCCACUGUCGGCACAAUGAAUAUAAGUCCCACUGUCAGCAGCGUGGUGUGGAGGAGACAAGGGACCAGGAAAAGCAGUGGACCUCCGGGGAAGCCUGCUCCGUUCUCCCCGUAGUUAGGGACCGUUCGCCACGGUACCGCUGCUGGGCAGGGUGGAAAUAAGUCCUGCAGAGUUUCAGAGGACCUGGAGAAUGUUUUAGGAUAGUAAUAACAUUAUAUAAGAUAAUCAUAUUGCAAAGAUAAUAUAUAUAAGAUAAUAACAUUAAAGACAAAAUUAAAUUGCAAUACUUUUACAAAACUUGAUGAUUUUACCUUUCUGUACAUUUUGUAUACAAUUUCAUUAAAUAAUUUUGCUUGUAAAUGUCUAUUUGCGUCACGUUUAUUAUGGAAAACACAUUAUUUGAUCGCUCCUUGCGCUUCUUACUUUUUCAACUUAGGAGCACAUGUGCUCUUUGGGAAAAAAAGUUAGCGUCAAGUCCUGCGCUUAAUAACCAGAGUGAGAGAGGGAGAGACCAGAGGGUGGACACAAUGUUUCCACAGAAAAGCGGUCUGCCACCAGGACGGCAUCACCAGCUGUAGUUGCAGAAUAUGCGGUGCUGCUAGCUAGCUAACAUUAGCACCCUCCUGACCCAAGUGAUGCACAGUGCAGAGAGGCCAAGAAACCAGUCCAGUGGAGGGUCGGCAGUGGGCACUAGUUAUCACAUGUUAGUGAAGCUGGCUAACUGUCUGUCAGCAAGGCCAACAGAAAGUAAAAUAAAAAGCAAAACAUUAAGUUUUCACCACCUCCAAAUGGGUAGCACUUUGAAAUGCAUCGCUUAAGCUCACUGAGUCAAAGGAGCGCCAGACUGAAAGGAAAGGCCUCUUGUAUUUCACGUCUUUUAUUCUUAGUUACCAGUUAAUGGAUGUCUGCCUUUUGAAAGUAAAAUUAACCGACAAUAUCUAUAAUAUCUGUUUUUACAGCCUUUCAAACUUAAAAAUAUUUGACAUGCUUCCCCUUUUUUGCACCAACCCAUCCCCCCGAUAAGUAACGAACAGUCCAUAAGAGAAAUGUUUGUGUUAAAGUUGUGCGAGGUUUGUCUCAGCAUAUCUGAUAGCAAUAUGAGAGUAUAAGGGAAAAAAACUGCAGUUAAGAUAUUCACAGACAAUCUCGGUAACUAGGACAGGAAGAGGGACGUGGUUUAGGCUAUUUCACCACUCACUUCUUCGUGAGCUCAAUGCUGGGAAAUGAUGACUUAUGCAGCCAGAUAGAAGUGAUGACUGUAAUUUAGCCUAAGAUAUUAUACGAGAACUACAGCACCACCAAGCUGUUAAAUUACGGUCUGUCUGCCUGAAUGCACAGCUGAGGGAGACAGCAGCUUCUGCCAACAUCCCGUUUCUCACAGGGCUGCUGCGACGCAGGGCACUUCAACUCCUGUUUAGAUCAAAUUGAGGAUUUUAUGGUUUUUAUAAAGUCUCAUAAUCUCUCCGCACAUGAAACCCUUUUCACGUCAGUUUCGAAUGCAUCACUGUCCUUUUUGAAACAGACGGCUUUCUGCUUUUGUCUUCAAAAAGGUACUUUUCAAAUUCAAGCUUUUCAUCAUGCAGCAAUAGGAUGACAAAUGUGGAGUCCUCAAAAUUCAAAGCAUCUGAAAAGAAGAGAAUAACCUGUAUAUGUUUACUGUGUGAACUUUCAUCACAUUGAUGUUUUAUUUCAUUUUAUUUGAAAAGUGGGCUACAGGCAGAGGGGAAUCAGCUGUUAUCUGCCAACACUGAAUCUGCACUUAAUUUUAAAAAAAAGGUAUUAUUGUUGAUGUUACACAUGUACAGCACUAUAAUAUGAGAGCAGCAUUAAACCUUUUGUACAAUAAUAUCUAUGCCACGCUAGAUGAUUGUGUUCUUUAAGUGCAGUUUAAUUUAUUCAAAGACUUGACUGGUUUUUACCACCCAAAC